CAGGCACGCACAGCAAGCAGCAGCAGCAAGAGGCGGUGAGCCGCUCGCGUCCCCUCAUGAGUUUGCAAGUCGGGCAGCGCAGACAGACCUGCCUCUUUCUCUGCUACGUCACAGCAGAGAGGAGCAGAGGGAGAGGAGUACCCUGAUGCUGACAGGAGGACAGAAAGACUUCAGCCUGCCAGAAGCUGCAUCCGCUCAGUGGACCUUUUUAAAGUGCUUACUGACAUUACUGAGCUGAGCUCUGUUUUUGUUUCACCUUCACAUCGGGCCUCCUACAGGAGAGAAACUGUCCAGGCUGACUCGCGCAUGAACGGAUUUUGAGGCUUUUAACUCUUAUUUGAUCUUUGAUCAUUUAUCUGCCACAACGAGCACCAUCACCCACAGGACGCCGCUUUCUUGAUGCUAGAGGUCAAGUGGAUGCCAAACUGAAUGGAAUAGAUUAAACAAACACUAAAUAUACCCCAAACCACUUUGAACUAAGCCAAACAGGUUCUGGACUAGUUCAUAGAACUCUUGACUUUGGAUCUCUUUGUUUCACGUUCAUUGUUUUUAACCUGUGUGUGGAUAUAACGGUCUACUUCCAGCUGCAAAUGUGGAGCGUCAUGGUGACCUAUGACUCAGACAUGGUGUUAAUGAUUGUGCUGACAAAUGGAUACCUUGUCAUUGCUGACUCACCACUGGGCCAAAGAUGCCGUGCUUCAUUACACCGAAGUCAGAGUUAAGGCCAAAACUCAUCCUUUGAGGUCCACUAGAAACAACUCUGUGCUGAUCUAGAUGCUUCAGUAACCCUUGGUCAACAUGGUGGUGACUCGUCUGGAGCUGGAGCUACGCUACCAAGGCAAGAAGUUGCGCGGCGUGACCUGGAAGUUGACUCGAUCAGAACACGGCUUCCUCCCGGAGAGCUCCUGGCUGAUUGCGGCUCAGGUCAUAGUGCCGUACCUGGUGUCAGGGCUGGGAAUGGUCUCUGCUGGUAUUGUCAUGGACCUGAUACAACACUGGGAGGUGUUUAAAGUGAUCACAGAGGUGUUCAUCCUGGUGCCUGCACUCGUUGGACUCAAAGGAAACCUAGAGAUGACGCUUGCAGCUCGCCUCUCCACUGCUGCCAACACAGGCCAAAUGGACGACCCUGAUAAACAGUGGACGAUGGUGUGCAGCAACCUGGCGCUGAUCCAGGUUCAGGCCACAGUGGUGGGUUUCCUCGCGGCAGUGGCAGCCGUGUGUUUGGGGGCACUUUCAAGAGGAGGAGUUGAACUUGACCAGGCAGCUGUCCUAUGUGCCAGCAGCAUCACCACUGCCUUCGUAGCUGCCCUCUCUUUAGGCCUGGUGAUGAUUGGAGUAAUCAUCGGCUCCAGGAAGGUGGGCAUCAACCCUGACAACGUGGCCACUCCCAUCGCUGCCAGUCUGGGGGAUUUGAUCACCCUGUCCCUGCUGGCUGGAGUCAGCAGUGCGCUCUACCAGUACAAAGAUACAUGGUACCUGUCCCCUCUGGUGUGUCUGGUCUUUCUGGCUCUGAUCCCCGUCUGGGUGGUGGUGGCUCGACAGAGUCCUCAAAUCAGGGAAGUGCUUCGUUCAGGAUGGCAGCCGGUUAUAGUUGCCAUGUCCAUCAGCAGUUUUGGGGGCCUUAUACUGGACAAGACAGUGAGCGAUCCCAACUUCGAGGGCAUGGCUGUGUUUACGCCUGUCAUCAAUGGCGUGGGCGGUAACCUAGUGGCCAUCCAGGCCAGUAGGAUUUCAACAUACCUGCACUUUUGGAGCAUCCCUGGGGUGCUGCCGUACAAGAUGAGGCAGCACUGGCCCAACCCCUGCAUCACCUUCUUCUCCUCAGGGGUCAACUCCAAGUCGGCGCGUGUGCUGCUGAUGCUGGUUGUCCCCGGUCACCUGGUCUUCCUCUACGCCAUCUCUCUGCUGCAGGGAGAGGAGGCACCCAUCACCAUAGCCUUCACCAUCUGCUACCUGUGUGCUGCUCUGCUGCAGGUGACCAUCCUUCUGUACGUUGCUGACCUCAUAGUCCGUUUAAUGUGGAGGAGGAGUCUGGACCCUGACAACUUCUCCAUCCCCUACCUGACUGCGCUGGGCGACCUGCUAGGCACAGGCUUCCUGGCGCUCUGUUUCCGAAGUGUCUCCCUAGUUCACAGCCUGGGUGUAUGAAUUUCCCCCUCACUCAUGAACUACUAGCUAGUGUCUAGUUGCACCGUGUUAGAAUAAGUUGAAGAUGCGUUUACUUGGUAUAUCACUGUGCCAGAUCAUACUAGGCAAUGUUGAUUGUCACAAACUCAGAACUGUAUAUGAAACAGCACAGGAAAUACCCACCUAUUUACUGUAAAAUAAUCCAUCUUAGUAAAAAAAAAAAAAAAAAAAAUGAGGAUGCUUUUCCCUCAUCUGGAUCUAAUUUUUUUGUUUUAAAUUAGGCAAAAAUGAAAAAAGGCAAUUUAAAAGCUUUUGCUAGUCACAAAAAAAAAAAAAAAUCACAACAUCUAUUUAGGUACAUGUGAAUUUGUUGGGCGUGUCCUCUGCUUACAUUACAGCUCGUCUUUAGAUACACACAGCUAACCACAAAACCUCAUUAUAGCAGUGAAUGAAUAUAUACAAUACUUGCAAAAGGUACAAAGUAACUGAACAGUUUUGGUUCAGUUCAGCCUCUGGAAGUCACCUGUACCUGUUCUAGUGCCCUUCUGUGAAAUUCCUUUCUUUUUUAGUGACUGUAUGUAAUGUAUAAAUGUGACUAUUAUUUUUAUGCAACAGUGCCAUUAAAUAUUAAGUCAAUUUUAA